UGGCAAGUGGACCGGUCCCGAAGGGGUAGAAGCUGAGACCGGAGCCUUCGCGGGAGCAGUCCGCUGGGUCGGCGGCUUCUCCGCCUCGAGCGUUCAGGAACUAGAGAUGCUAUUAGGCUGUUGUUUUAUCCAAUGUGAGAAGUUGGCCCGGAGAUGGAAAACUUCAUUCUGUAUGAGGAGAUUGGCAGAGGAAGCAAGACUGUUGUUUAUAAAGGGCGACGGAAGGGAACAAUCAAUUUUGUAGCUAUUCUUUGUACUGAUAAGUGCAAAAGGCCUGAAAUAACCAACUGGGUCCGUCUCACCCAUGAAAUUAAACACAAGAAUAUCGUAACUUUUCAUGAAUGGUAUGAAACCAGCAAUCAUCUCUGGCUCGUGGUGGAACUCUGCACAGGUGGUUCCCUAGAAAUGGUGAUUGCUCAAGAUGAAAACCUCCCAGAAGAUGUUGUGAGAGAAUUUGGGGUUGACCUCAUUGCUGGAUUACAUCAUCUUCAUCAACUUGGCAUUCUCUUUUGUGACCUUUCUCCAGGCAAGAUACUCUUGGAAGGGCCUGGCACAUUGAAGUUCAGUAACUUUGGCUUGGCCAAAGUGGAAGGUGAAAAUUUGGAAGAGUUCUUUGCUUUGGUGGCAGCAGAAGAAGGAGGAGGUGAUAGUGGGGAAAAUGCACUGAAGAAAACCAUAAAAGGUCGAGUCAAAGGAUCUCUUACAUAUACAGCACCUGAAAUUUUAAGGGGUACUGACUUCACCACCACCAGUGACCUCUGGUCUUUGGGCUGUCUGCUUUAUGAAAUGUUUUCAGGAAGACCUCCAUUCUUCUCAGAAAGUUUUUCAGAAUUAAUUGAAAAGAUUUUUUAUGCAGAUCCUUUGCCACCUUUUCCAAAAGAUUCUUCUCUUCCUAAAGCUUCUUCAGAUUUUAUUAAUUUGCUUGAUGGUUUACUUCAAAAAGAUCCUCAGAAAAGAUUAACUUGGGCAGGCCUAUUGCAGCAUUCAUUUUGGAAGGAUGCUUUCGCUAGGAGAGAUCAUGAAUCGAGCACUGAGGAUUCCAUCGUCAGCAGCGGAAAAGUGAUGGAGCAUUCUGGGACCCAGGAUUCCAAGGAGGUUUUGAAGCCAAGUGGACAAGCCAAGGGGGACAAGAGUGGUCAGCGACUGAGUCAGUCUUUCAGACUAGAAAAUCCAGCUGAGUUGCGGCCUAGAAGUGUGGUUGGGGGUCAACCGAAUGAGUCCAUGUUUCUUCUGAGUUCUCGCCCGACUCCGAGAACUAGCAGUGCGGUCGGACUAAGUCCUGGUGAGGAUAGGACUCAACAUUCACCACAGAAGGCUUCUCCUUUGACCAAGAUUGCAAGUGAACCCCUGAGUCAGCAGGACCUGGAAUCCCAGAUGAGAGAGCUUAUCUACACAGACUCUGAUCUUGUCAUCACCCCAAUUAUCGACAACCCAAAGAUAAUGAAACCACCACCAAUUAAAUUUGAUCCAAAGAUACUGCAUCUACCAGCAUAUUCAGUGGAUAAAUUAGCAUUUCUAAAAGACCAAGACUGGAACGCCUUUUUGCAGCAGGUGUGCUCACAGAUCGACUCCACUGAGAAGAGCACGGGGGCCUCGCGAGCCAAGCUGAACCUCCUUUGCUAUUUGUGUGUCGUGACUGGACACCGGGAGGUGGCCACGCGCCUCCUCCAUUCACCUCUGUUCCAUUUACUAAUCCAGCAUUUGCGAAUAGCUCCAAACUGGGAUAUACGGGCCAAGGUUGCUCGGGUGAUGGGUUUACUGGCCUCACACACAACUGAGCUCCAGGAAAAUACACCUGUUACUGAGGCAAUUACUGUCUUAACUGAGUUAAUUAGGGAAAACUUCAGAAAUAGCAAAUUAAAACAGUGCCUCUUACCAACUCUUGGGGAGCUGAUCUACCUUGUAGCCACCCAGGAAGAAAAAAAAAAGAACCCUAGAGAAUGCUGGGCCGUUCCCUUGGCUUCGUACACAGUGCUAAUGAGGUGCCUUCGGGAAGGGGAAGAACGUGUUGUGAAUCACAUGGCAGCAAAGAUUAUUGAAAAUGUCUGCACUACCUUUUCUGCUCAGGCCCAGGGCUUUAUUACAGGAGAAAUUGGACCCGUUUUAUGGUUCUUAUUCAGACAUUCCACUGUUGAUUCUCUCAGGAUAACAGCAAUAUCGGCCUUGUGUAGAAUCACUCGCCAUUCUCCCACUGCCUUCCAGAAUGUUAUUGAGAAGGUGGGACUGAACGCAGUAAUAAACUCCCUGGCCUCAGCCAUCUGCAAAGUUCAGCAGUACAUGUUGACCUUAUUCACUUCAAUGUUGUCUUGUGGGAUUCAUCUUCAGAGGUUAAUCCAAGAAAAGGAUUUUGUUUCUACAAUUAUCCGUUUACUUGACAGCCCAUCAACUUCGAUUAGAGCAAAAGCCUUCCUCGUUCUUUUAUAUAUUUUGAUUCAUAACCAUGAGAUGCUGCUGCUCGGCUGCCAAGCGAGACUGGUGAUGUACAUCGAGAGAGACAGCAGAAAGACCACUCCAGGCAAGGACCUGCAAAGCGGCAAUGAAUACCUGUCCAAGUGCCUGGACCUUCUCAUCCGUCACAUUGUGCACGAGCUGCCGCGGAUCCUGGGUGACAUUCUUAACGCCUUGGCCAAUGUUUCUGGUCGUAAACACCCAUCAACAGUCCAAGCGAAACAGCUGAAGACGUGUCUCCCCCUGAUGCCUAUAGUGCUUCACCUCGUAACUUCUCAGGUGUUUCGACCUCAGGUUGUAACAGAAGAGUUCCUUUUCAGUUAUGGAACUAUUCUUAGUCAUAUUAAAUCUAUAGACUCAGGAGAAACUAACAUAGAUGGAGCCGUAGGACUGAUGGCAUCGGAGGAAUUUAUCAAGAUCACGUUGUCGGCUUUUGAAGCAAUAAUACAAUAUCCUGUUUUGUUGAAAGACUAUUGCUCUACGGUUGUUGAUUAUAUCCUGCCACCCUUGGUCUCGUUGGUUCAGAGCCAAAAUGUGGAGUGGAGACUCUUCAGCUUGCGGUUGCUCUCAGAAACCACAUCUCUACUCGUGAACCAGGAGGUCGGGGAUGGCAAGAAGGAGGCGAAUGUUGACUCUGACAGCAAUCUACUGGCUCUCAUUAGAGAUGUCUUACUUCCCCAGUACGAGCACAUCCUCGCGGAGCCUGACCCAGUACCAGCUUAUGCUCUGAAACUGCUUGUUGCCCUGACUGAACACAACCCAACCUUCACCAGACUUGUGGAAGAGAGCAAACUGAUCCCACUCAUUUUUGAAGUAAUUCUGGAACAUCAGGAGAACAUUCUGGGUCACACCAUGCAAAGUGUGAUUGCGUUGCUCAACAAUCUGGUGGCCUGCAAAGAUUCAAAUAUGAAGCUACUUUAUGAACAAGGUGCGGCUCCUUGAAUUUUGGUCCUCUCGAACUUGAAGACCUGUGAGCUAAGGAUACACGUUACUGCUCUGCCACAUUUCUAGACUGUAACGAGGAGACGUAGCAAGAAGGACCAUCAGAGGAACUCUCAUUUAAAAGGGCAAAGUAAAGGUAGAUAACAGUCACUGAUCCAUGACAAUGUUGAAAUCUUGGGGGACACGUUUCCUCAGCCCUCAUUGUUCCCAAAGGAAAAAAAUACUCCCGUGCUUUGAGAAUAGUUUGCCCUGGGAAUGGUUCUCUGUGGCUCUUGCCUCUAACUUCUGAAUCGUUGUUCUUUUCCCAUAAGAGUGGCCCAUGCUCGUAGCUGAGUAAGACUCUAAGCCUGAUUCUUCCCUGUAGAAGUUUGGGACCCUACAACUGUUUUUCAUUGUAAAAGGAAUUAUCCCUGGUCUCCUCAGUCCAAACCAGUGGUGCUUCUUUCAAUGUGAGUCUAGCAAAAACUUUGUUAGUUUCUUGUAAAUUUUUUUCUGGUUUCAUUGAGAAAUAAUUGAUACAACAUCACUGUAUAGGUUUAAGCAGUAUGGUGUGAUGAUUCGGUUUACAUAUAUUGUGCAGUGAUUACCACGAUAGGUUUAGCUAACGUCCAUCUUCUCUUAUAGAUACAAUAAAAAGAAAAGAAAGAAAAACUGGGAAUGGUUUUUCCUUAUAAUGAGAACUGUUAGGAUUUGCUCUUAACAGUUUUCCUAUAUAUUAUGUAGCAAUGCUAACCGUCAUCUUAUGUUGUAUAUUACAGCCCUAGAACUUAUUUAUUUUUACAACUGGGGGCUUGUACCUUUUGACCACCUUUCUCCUUUUCCUCUGCUUCUGGUAACCACAAGUCUGAUCUAUUUUUCUGUGAGUUCGGUGGUGAUAGUUUAGAUUCCACAUAUAAGUGAGAUCGUACAAUAUUUGUCUUUCUCUUUCUGACUUAUUUCACAAAGCAUAACGCUUUCGGGGUUUAACCAUGUUGUUACCAAUGGUAGGUUUUCCUUUUCUAUGGCCGAAUAAUAUUCCAUUAUGUGUAUACAUACACACCCUUCCUUCUUUAUCCAUUGACUGCUUGAUGGACACUUAGUUUGUUUUCAUGUCUGGCUACUGCAAAUAAUGCUGCUGUGAACAUGCAGGUGCAGGUAGCUUUCUGAGUUAGUGUUUUUGUUUCCUUUGGGUGUAUUCCCAGAAGUGGAAUUACUGGGUCCUAUGAUAGCUCUUUGUUUUUUGUUUGUUUGUUCUGUUUGUCUGCUUGUUUUGAGGAUCCUCCAUACUGUUUUCCAUAGUAUGGGAAGGCUGCACCAAUUUACAUCCCUGCCAACGGUGCGCAAGGGUCCUUUUCCUCAUCCAUGCCAGCGUCUGUUAUCGUUGGCCUUAUCAGUGGUGGCCGUUCUAACAGGCAUAAGGUGAUACUGCAUUGUGGUUUUAAUUUGCAUUUUUCUAAUGACUCGUGAUGCUAGGCAUCUUUUCAUGUACCAGUUGGCCUUUUGUGUAUAUUCUUUGGCGAAGCGUGUGUUCAGGUAGGUCCUUUACCCAUUUUUCAAUUGGGUUACUUUUUUUUGCUACUGCGUCAUAUGAUGUCUUUUUUUUAAAUUUUAUUUAAAUCCAAGUUAAUUAAUUAACAUGUAGUGUAAUAUUGGUUUCAGAAGUAGAAUUGAGUGAUUCAUCACAUACAUAUAAUACCCAGUGCUCAUCCCAACCGUAUGAUUUCUUUGUGUAUUUUGGAUUUUAGCCCCUGGUCAGAUACAUGGUUUGCAAAUACUUUUUCUCACUCCAUAGGUUGUUUUUUUACUUUCUUGAUGGGUUCUUUGGUGUACAGAAGGUUUUUAGUUGGAUGCCAUCCCACUUGUUUAUUUUUCUGUUCGUUGCCUGUGUUUUAAGCAUCACAUCCAAAAAGUCAUUAUCAAGAUGCAUGUCAAGAAGUUUUACUCCUAUA